UAUAAACCAAUUUCCUUAUCACUCCAAUUAUUCAGUUAGAUGGGGCCUCCUCAUGUCAAGGAAAAUUAAAAAUUUAUUUGCUAGUGAACUUCACUCCCUCAUCAAAAACCCCUAUAACUUCAACAAUCCUCUCUACCACAACCACACCAUUCCCUAAAAGCUUCUUUUUGCCUUCUUUUUCCUUAACAUUGCUGACAUAAAACAACCACUACCUCUGUCUCUCCCCCACUUUCAUUACACUCCUGCUACUUUUUCUUUGCACAUUUUGCACCCUUUUAGUUUAUAUUCCCACUACUAUCACUCACAAAAAUAACUCUUCUUCUUCCUUUCUUCCUUUCUUCCUUCCUUUAUGCUUCUUGCUUAGACUCAUUUUUCUUUAGAUACAAAAGGUCUUUCUUUCUUUCGAUUACACAUGGAGGGUCAACCUGCUAAACGCAGACGUGUAUACUCACUUCAACCCAACAAAGUGGAACAAGCAGCGUUUGCUAGAAACUACAUGAACUAUUUGGUGCCGGCAUUGAUGAAGAUAAAGGAAAGGAAUACCUCUUCAGAGCAGUGUGAUAUUCAGAAUGUUGUCAAGUAUGAAGUGGACAUGGCAAUGGUGCACUCAGCCCAGGGUUUUGCAUGGAGCGAUGCUCUAAGUGUGAAGCUUCAGAGGAAUAGAGCCAAUGCAGAUACUCACAGAAGCAGCUUCGCUGACAAGGACAAGGCUGGUGAAGGCUCAUCAAGGAUUUGUGGCCAAAAUGGUCAAAUGGUGCCAUUGAACAACCGUUUCACUUCAAACCCUAGCUUGAAGCCUAGAAAUAAACAAAAGAGCAUGCCUGAAAUGAAAAGGGGUUUGAGAGAAAAAGAAGAUGAAGAUCAGUUGAAGAGCCUUAGAAUGUUGAUACCUGGGGGAGAAGAGAUGUGUACUGAACAAAUCGUGACUGAGCUACAAAGCUAUGUAAGCUGUUUGCAAAUGCAGGUGAACAUUCUUCAGUGCCUCUCAGAGACACAUUGAUUCAUUCAUACCUUUCUGCUUUGCUUUUUCCAUAAACCCAUUACCACUAUUAUUAUUAUAUAUCUCUCUGUGUUCCACAUAUAAUA